AUGAGCAAAGUCAUUCGCAGGGUCAAGGAGGUCGCCGUCCUCAAGGCUGACGAAGCCCAUCAUGAAGAAGUCAGCGCCUGGUGCAAUCGUGACUUGAUACCUCUCCCGCCCUCGCGGCGCACCUGGGGUUGGUUCAACUUCUUUGGCUGUUGGUCGAUAUCUUCCCUCAACAUGUCAACAUGGCAAACUCCCAACACAUUUCUGACGCAGGGGCUCUCUGUGGGACAGUCGAUGGCUAUUGUGGUCAUUUCAAGAGCCCUGUGCACCCUCUUUGCUGUCCUUGUCGCUUGGUGUGGUUUGACAUGGCACAUCGGAUUUACGGUACAGAAUCGUUACACAUGGGGAAUGAGAGGCAGUUAUAUCCCCUUGUUGCAACGGAUUCUGUUAAACUUCAUUUGGUGUGCCAUUCAAUGCUGGAACGGUGGUAAGCUCGUUAGUGUGUGUAUUACUGCCAUAUGGCCGUCUUUCUCCCAGAUACCCAACACGUUGAGCGCCAGUACACCCACCACAACAUAUGAACUGAUCGGAUUCAUGGUAUUCUGGAUUAUUUCGGUCCCCUUUCUUCUGAUAAGACCGGAGAAGUUCAAGAAGCCAUUCUUUGUAUCAUCAGUUGCAUGUGGCUUUGCCAUGAUAGCCCUGAUGAUUUGGUCGCUAUCCGUCGCAAAGGGAGUGGGCCCAAUCUUUUAUCAGGGCCAGAAAGUCUCAUCGACCUCCAAAUGGAAUGUUUCGUGGUUAAUUCUCGGCGGCAUCAACCAGGCUAUUGGCGGCAAGGCCGCAGGAAUGACUAACAGCAGUGACUUCUCGAGGUAUGCCAAGAGAAAGCGAGACUACAUCGUAGGCACUCUGAGUGUCUACUGGCUAGUUGGAAUCCUUGUCUGCUUCGGAGGACUAGUCACCACGGCUGCAUGCCAAAAGAUAUACGGGGAAGUCUAUUGGAACCCACCUGACUUGUUGAUGGUGAUGAUGGACCAUGGCAAAGGUUCUUCUGCCGCUCGAGCAGGCGUGUUUUUUGCAGCACUGUCCUUUGCAUUUGCCUCGAUGUUCGAAAAUGUCUGCUCCAACUCCGUGGCGGGUGGUAUCGACCUCUCUGGACUGUUUCCCAAAUAUAUCAACAUACGACGUGGCUCGCUCAUUACCUUCUUUGCCGCAUGGAUCAUUCAGCCAUGGCAACUUGUAAAUAGGGCGGCCACAUUCGUUUCCGUUCUGAACUCGUUCUCCGUCUUCUUGGCUCCCAUCAUGGGCGUUAUGGUAUGCGACUACUUCCUGUUACGAAACCAGAAGGUGCGGUUUUCGAGUCUCUUUCACCCUGAGGGAUCCGACUACUGGUUUUGCCACGGCGUCAAUUUCCGAGUCAUUCCUUGUUGGAUUGCUGGAUGGGCACCGACAAUAGGAGGCUUGAUCUCCACCGCUGGUGGCAUCAGUGCACCAAGGGCGGUUUCCGAGCUGUAUUACAUGGCCUUUUUCAUAGGGUUCUUCAUCAGUUUUACUCUUUUCUACAUUGUGAAUUUUUUCUUUCCGCCAGAACACCUCGGCGAGUACGACGAAGUGGAUAAGUAUGGUACCUUUACGGUCAAUGAAGCAGCGCGAUUGGGCAUCAUUCCAACAGAAGCAGUGGACGAUGUUACAAUUGGUGAUUUGAAAGAAGACAUGGUCGAGACUCAAGUCUCGGUCUCUCCAGACGCGAGAGACUCUGGACACAGACGAUGGUGGGAUAUCAGGCGAUUGUAA